AUGGUAACUACUCAAGGCGAGGGAGCCUUGGGACGCUUCGAGUUUGUCGCAGCCUGCGAGGCCUUGCUGGCAGAUAGUCCUGGCUGCGCCAGCCCAGCUGACCUCCAUGAGCUCUUCGAUGUUUUGGAUCCGCAGUGCACCGGGCAGGUCAGUAUCGGGGAGUUCUCUCGGCUCCUUCAAGCGUACCAGCAGGCACCGAAGGCCGUGGAUGCCCACGCUGCGGCCGUCCGGCUUCUCGAGACCCGGCAGCCUGGCCCAAGUCCGCGUUCCAAUCUUGACCUCACGGCAGGCCCUCAAACUGGCACCGUGCUCAGCCCUUUGGCCGGGCUGCGUGCAUGGCUGCUGCAGAAGAACUGGAUCUUCCAGGAUCUUGAGGCGCACUUGCUUCACGACCCAGAGCUGUCGUGGUGUCACGCACGUGCCGCAAAGACUGACUUGGGCCGCGAACAGGCCCACCGGCUGCUUCCCGCAGGCACCUACAAAGGCGCCAUAGGUGCCAAGCUCACUGCGCAGGCGUGGAGGAUCGGCUCCCGCAGGCAGGCCGGGACGCUGACACUCGAUGGUGGACUGAGAAGUCAAAUUCGCAGGAGACGCAGUACCGUGGACAAGUUCCGGGAAUGGAGAUAUGCCAUAGCUUUUGCUCUUGCCGCUGCAGGCGGUGUUGGCUUAGCAUUCCGACGCUGGAGGGGUCGAGCGGGCAAAACGGGCUUCCUUGUGGCGACAGCUGCCGGUGUGGGCGCCUGGGUUGCGGCCACGAAGCGCUGGGAGUUGAAAACUAUUACAGCCGAAGAACUUAUUAGGGUUGUCUUUUCCGGUCCAACCGCUGAACUUUUCUCGCAGCUCCCUGAAGCCAUAGAGACCCUUCAAGGGCGCUUGGGAGCGGAUGAGGUCUACAUCUCAGACAAGGUGGAGGGCAACUUCGCCAUGCUCCGGCGUCUCAUUGACCUCUCUUGCUCUGACCGUCGUCCUUACAGCGAGGCUCGAGCUCUGUUGGAUGAAACGGGUGCUGCAUCGAAGGAUGUUCCCUUGGCAGCGCUCGAGGAAGGCCUCAAGCUACUUCCUUAUGCCGAGGUCACCUACGAGGAGGCAGACACCCUCAAAGAAGUCUGUCAAGAGCGUGGGCACCAAGUUCUCGUGCUGGAAGCUACAAGCAAGCCCGGGAAGCCGGCGCACUUCCUGUGCUUCGACUCUGAGAAAAAGGAAGCGAUCCUUUCUGUUCGAGGCACAAAAACACCGGCUGAUGCGCUGACAGACCUGGCAGGCAACAUAGAGGAAAGGGACUUGGAAGCUGGCAAACUGUAUGCCCAUGCCGGCUUCUUGACCUCGGCCGAGUCCGUCUUGCAGCGAAUCAUUCCCCCUAUCAGGGACCUGCUGGCACCCCUCGGAUAUGGGCUAACUGUCACUGGGCACAGCUUGGGUGCCAGCACCGCCUGCUUGGUUACCCGGCUCUUGCGUGCGCGAAUGGCCGGCUGGAGUGCCCAGCUUGCCUCGCUGCGAUGUGUGGCUUUCGCACCUUGCCCAUGCAUGGAUGCGACGAAUGCUGGACUGUGUGCGCAGAGCGCAGAAGACGAGGAUCCGCUCAUCUUGAGUUUCAUUUGCAACGAUGAUGCUGUGCCUCGUAUCAGUAUGCAAAAUCUUGGCCGCCUAUCCUUGCUCGGCAAGGGUGCCUCCGUCGACGAGGUGAUUAGCUUGGCCACAAGCAAAAGUUCACGCGAGACUGAUCAGCAGCUCCCCGGGAAGUUGGUCGUGCUGCACCACGUCCUGGGCAAGGAUGCGGAGACAGAUGAAAAGGAUCCCCCCGAGGCGUCCCAGGCAUCCAAGGAUGCCGGCACCAGCCCCGGUGACUGGCUGGCUUGGCUUGGAAGUGCUACAGACUUCCCUGAGAUCGGCUACAUCGAACUGGCUCCAAAGGGAAUUGCAAAUCACAUGGCAGCAAAUUACCGCGAGGCAUUGGCUGUUGUGGCUGCCAGCCGUGGUGCACUCCUGGGCGGACCAAGAGCAGAGCUAAGCUGGACGGAGUUUGCAGGGCGACUCCUCGCCCGGGUCAAGACGCCAUGGCUGACCCGUCGGGGUGCUGCGGACAUCUUCGCCCAGCUUCAGGUUCGUUCCUCAAGCUCUCAGCUCGGGGAAGUUGAAGCUGUCGUGCGUGUGCCCGACUUAGUCCAAGCAUUGUUGGGGUCGGAAGACUUUGCCAUGGAGGCAGCUCGAAGAGUUGUGAGAAUCGUAUCGCGAGAAGCCCGACACCGCAAUCAGGAUGUGGGUAAACUUUGCUUGGCAGCAGAUGUCCGGCGUGUGGGAACGCUCGACUUGAAGCAGCUGAGCUCCGUCCUAUCAGCUUUGUGCCCGCAGAUGCUUGCGGAGGCAGACAUCGGAUUGCUUUUCUGGCGAUUUUCCGGAAGUGGGGGCUUUUCGUACGACCAGCUUCAGGCUGAUGUGCGUGCAGAGCAGUCAGCUGCAGCAGAGCACCUCUUGCUGCGUGGUAUGCCUGCCUUGAUUCGGCAAGCUGCGUCUUUUGAGGCUGCGGCCAAGAUCCAAGACAGCUCACGUUCCGGGCAGCUCUCCGGGCCCCAGCUGCGUGCCGCGCUGGCGCAGCUGGACCUGGGAUUGAGCAACCAAGGAGGCUCGGGCAUGUCGGAGGUGGAGGAGUUUGCGGAGCUUGUGGCGGGCGCCACGAAGCGCAAGGUUGAGAAGUUUGACUAUGCUUCCCUGGUCCCAAACGGAGCGUGGAAGGGUCCGACGGUGGAGGAUGCCGUUGCCAAUCUCUGUCGCAGCAAGAGCGCUUCCAAGCCUGCGAGCGUGGACAAAAGGCAUUUGCUGUCCAUUCUGUUCUACAAGACUGCUGAAGCAUCUAAGAAGCUUGGCUUGUCUGCUCAGCGAGCUUUCGACGGGCUCGAUCGGGGUGGCAAGGGCUUCCUCAAUGCAGAGGACCUGCGCCUGGCCGUGCUUCAGAUUGUGGGCGGAGAUCAGAGCCUCACGCUGAAGGACCUGGGCCUUCUGCCCUCAGCCAGGCUAAGCUUUGGUGACUUCGAGAAGCGCCUGGACUUCGACUUCGCCCCCUUGUCGAAGCACCUGGCCGAGGUGUUUGCUGACCAGCCUGCCGUCAGCGAGUCAGACUUCGUCGACCGCCUCGUCCAACUUGCUGGCCUGGACAAGGCGACCGUGCAGAAUUGGCUCCAGCUCAUGUACCCCAGUGGCUGUCCAUCCGAUGGUGUUGCACGUGGGUCUUGUGAGAUUUUCAUGGCGACGACACCUGCACUGGUACCAGCAAGCGCAGGUGCCGUCCUCAGACUCCAAGGGCUGAACGUGCGUGCAGAGCUCAUGAAGGACGCCGAGGCUGCAGGAACAGCUGGGACGAUGCCGGCAUGGGUUGCAUUUUCUCGCGGACGCGAUCUGUUGAAGAAGCUGGCGGCCAAGGAUGUGGAUCAGCUGGUUAAGUCUGUGGCGGAGGCAUCAGCCAAGUAUCCAACAGCAGGGCCUCAAGAAGUCAUUGCAGGGGCACGCGGCCAGACGGAGUCACAAGCCCCACUUCGUGCUGAGACACUGCUGAUCUGUGCCGAAAGUGAGAGGGUCGUGGAGCACGUCUUGGAGGUCUCCUUCAAGUCUGUAACCGGCUUCAGGAUGGCCGCGGAAGUGUUUAUCAGGUACAACUGCCAUGGAACCAACUGCGUUGCUGACGCACCAGCUGCGGCACAGAUGGAUUUUAGUGCCACGCAUGUUUUCGGACUAAGCGGCACGGACUCGCUGGCCAAGCUUUUCGAGGGCCGGGAUCAUGCCUUCACUAUCCAGGCGUGGGUUGCUGUAGCAAAGGAUGAGCUUCGUCGGCCUCUGGCAGUCGCUGCAGUUCCGGCUGCGGAGCUUCGGUCUUUUCUGGACUCUUCAACGCUGGAGCGGCCACGUCCUGAAGCGGUACUCGGAUCGCAGAGGAAGUGGUCUUUGAACUUUACACCGGUACCUAUCACGGAUCCAAAGCUGAAAAAGCCACCUUUGGAGGCAGUCAGGGGAGCUGUGGAGCUUGUGGUCCAUUAUAGUCGCCGUCCAAACUCGGAUCCACAGCGUAUCGCGUUGCCCUGGAACUCUUCCUUUGCCGGCCGACUGGUGGUCUGCAGGAAAGGGGUCGCGAGCGUUACGUGUGAUGACCCUGAGGAAGCUCCGAGUGGGCUGGCGCCGCGGGAAGAGGUAGCCAAGCCACUUCCCCCACCUGGCUCCGUGGUCAUAAAGAUCUUGAUCGCAGGGCUUCAGCUGCAAGCGGAUGCGUUACGUGGCUUGGUGGCACGCUGCCUGCAAGGCCAAGUUCUUGCAGCACCUGGCUCUGUUGGUGGCCUUGCCAGCAAGGCGCCAAAGUUUUUUAUGCGCCUUUGCCUCUUCCCUGGAAAGCCUGCCAUGCAAGUCGCGGGCUGCGGGGGCUGGGUGGAAAGUGGAGUGAAGCCAGUCCCCGAGAACUUGCUGGCUCCAUCAAGUCUUGCCAAGCCAGGUGGAGUGCAAAUAAACUUCGACUUUGCCUGGAGCUCGCCGGCACUGGAAGCCGGCCAAGCUGUUCAGGCUCUUCAAGAUGGAGUCGUGGCAAUGGAGGUUUGGAUUCGACACCCAGCAGCUGACCUCCGAUUGGCUGAAAGGUCAAUACCGCUCCAGGCAUUGCUGGAAGCAGUCUCGCCUGAAGAGUCCAGUGAGCUUCGCCUCAGAACCCUGCAGCCGGCCAAGGUCGACUUGACUGCUUCCUCCGCCGCCUUUGAACGCGAUGGGAAGCCUUUGGCGCACUUGUUGGCUGGCUCAGUGGCCGAGUUGCAGCUCCCGAAUGGCCCCGGGACUCUUUCAUGGCUUGUCGAGAAGCCGAAAACAGAGCCCAAAAAGCCACUCAUGGCAGAGUACGUCGUCUGCCUGCGGGAAAUAUUGCUGUCUGGUGAUUUCGUGUCCCAUCUGGCUUCGGAGCGCCUUGUGCCCUCACAUGAACCAGGUCGCAGGAACGCCGGCCGCUUCUGUCACACUUGUGGGACCAUGCUUGCUUCGGAUGCCUUGUAUUGCAGAAGGUGUGGCCGCAGAAGCGAGGAUGCCUGUCGACGUGAGUUCUGGGACAGAGAUGGCACGCAGACAGUCGGCCUGCCGAAGGAGCUGCCCCUCUUUUACCUGGAGCUAGCUGAGGGUUUUGUGUCGUCAUGGCCGAGCUCUUCCAGCAGCUUCCGCUCUGCCCCAGUGCGUGGGUUGCUCGAUGGCCAGGGCUGGGUGCGUAUCAAUCCUGGUCAAGAUGCGUCUCUGUCUCUUGCAGGGCGCUUCGUCCUUGGAGGGGGUUCCGGCGAAGCAGGUAAGAACAUGGACGCCUUGGUUCUGACGGCAGACAAGCACAAGCUCGGGCUCCGCGUAGUGCAGCUCAGCUCCGCCAGUGACGGACAGGACAGUAAGGCGGCUGCGCAAGCUGACUUGCUGCUGCCACUUGGGAGAGAGGUAGAAGGAGUUCCAUCCAUGUAUUUUGGAGGUUUGCUUUGGGUGCCCCUGCUUCAUGUUGCUCCAGAGAAUCCCUGCACUCGAGUGGUGGGACGCGCCUUGCUAAGCCUCGAAGUGCGCAGACCCAGUGCGGCCAAAGAGCUCCGUCUCAUGAGGCAGCUGCCCUUGAUACCUGCUGGUCUGUAUCUACCGCUUUACAAAGAUUGGGAACCCCCGCGGGCUCCCACUUGCACAGUCCCGGGUCCGGGAGUGUGGCCAGUGGAGUCAGCGGUUCGAGCUCUGGCUGGAGAUGACCUGUGGAAGAGGCUAAGCGAAGCACAGGUCAAGCCGGGAGUGAUCUCUUCUGGAGCAUUUCAGGCUGCCGUGCAGGCCGCAGCAGAAGGUUCAUCAUCGCCUCUUUUCCGAGCAACUUCGGCUUCCGGUGAGCCGGGUACCAGUGGAUCCACUGUGCAAGAAGAUUUGCCUUUCCUUGUGGCAACGCUUGCGCCCAUCAUGGCAGAUGCUGACUUGCUGGUUCCGUUCAGGCAGCUGCUGCUUUGGAUCGGUCUUCGCAAGCUGGCUCGCUUGAUACUGCCAAUUGCCAGAGGUUUGACACAGCGCCUUCACCAACUGGAGCUCAAUGGGGAUGCAGGCCUGAGAGGAUCUUCUGGAGCAGUGUCUUUUGCAAGCUUCCAGGCUGUGCUGCAGGCGGAGCUGCGCAGGGCAGGGUUGGCAGAUCUCCCAGCAGCUCUGUGGCAGCUGAUCUCCCAAAGAUCGGAAUGGCUGGCCGGAGGCCACUGGCACUUUGACUACAUCGUGUUCCUGUGGGACUUGCAAGCGGCCUGCGGGAGCGAAGUGGCCUUGCAAGGUGCCGUGGAUGGCCGAGACUUGCGAACAGCGAGUUCAGCAGAGCAGGUCGCAGCCCCUGAGGUUUUCUUCUGGCCACUGCGAGCCGAAGCUCAGAGGCCAGAGCCAUCGACAUCACCUCGCAGCCUUCCGCAGGAGAGAGAGCUACCGGCCCCGCCCGCACUACCGAGGCCACAGCGAGGGACCCACGUCGGCCCUCCGGCAGGGCCUCCGGCGCCAGUGCCACCACCGUCACUUCUUCCGUCCCUGGCUGGGGCCGGAGACGGAAGAACGGUGCCUCCUCAGCGGUUCGAGGCGCGAGCGCUCUCGCCAAGCGGGCCGAGCCGGCCAACUGUGCCAAGUGCCCUUUGGGACCGACAGGCUCCAGCUCCCCUGGCUUCUCUAAGUUCCCCGUUCCAGCAGCUUGGGGUCAAGAACGACGUCAACGAGACCGUGCUGCGAGCGGUGUCCAGGCUUUCGGACACGGAGCUGCAGCUCCGGUCUCUGUCGGGGAGUGAGGAGGAGCAGCUUCAGCAGUUGCGUGCCAGACACCAGCAGAACCUGGAGAGCUUGGGCAUGCUUCAGAAGUCCAUGCUGAUCCCAUCGAUCCUUCCUCCAGAUCUCCCACGUGAGUCACGCGAGUCACGCGAGCUUGGCACUGUGCCCAUGCAGUUUUCAGUGCCAGGGGCUUCAGCCUUGUUGGACCUUGCAAAUGCAAGUGCAAGUGCUUCCUUCCCGGAGACCAGACUGACAGGACUCACCGGACUGGGCGCAGGACCCUUGCCACCUGCAUCGGAUGGGUUUUCAUCCACUCCCAGCCCUCCGGCAAGCCCACAAAGAGAACCGAGAGAACCGAGAGAACCGAGAGCUGCGAGUCUUCCAGCCGAAGCUUUCACACAGACAGCUGGGCCGUUACCACCACCGAGCCAUUGGGAAGAUGGCGAAAGUGUUGGCAGCGGCUGGGCAUCCGCUGUAGGAACUGGGAGGAUCCAGCCUACGGAAGAUUAUUUGACUCAAGGCCGAAUUUAG